UUGAGAACCACUGUUCUAAUGUUUGUGAUGGUGAGAGAUCCACUUUGAUCCACUUGCAGUCUGCCGUUGAAUCUCUCAUUAUCAUUUGUACUGCAGUAAUAUUCACGGUCACAUUAGAGAUGUAAAUGUUUCCAGCUCCAAACCUCCAUUCAGUACAUCAGUGACAUCAUUGUGUAGAGUGACAAAAUCUCUCUCCAUCACAGACACUCAACACCAAACACACCCGAAGGACAAGAUCAAAUAACAGUUAAAAUAAUAAUAAUCAGAUUUAAACAGGGGGUUAUUAUUCUGUACUAAAACGGAAGAUACGCGUUUAUAACUCACCAACCAGACCACACAAACAGAACAAAAUAAAUGUGUUGUCCAUUUUCUUCAACUGUUGAAUCUGGAGGGGAAAAAAAAGAUUAUUUAAAACACAAAUGUGUCACUAAUCUCUUAAAAGUCUUUAUAAUAUCGGAGGUUUGAAGUUUUAUACUGUAAAGAAACUCUUCAGAUAGUGAGAAAACAUUGCAGUUUAUCGUCUCUGGUCCAUACUAACAGUAGGUGGCGGUAAUGCACUGAUAAAUUGCGAUCCGCCAUUGACUAGAAGAAGAAGAAACACGUCUGUCUGGAAUCUCUUCACACAACAGAACGUCCUGUUUUACCAGCCGAGAAGUGCGUUCUUCAUCAAAUACAAUUACUGCCGAUCAAUAUUAGAGGCCAAUAAGAUCACAGCUGAGAGUCGCGACCGAAGCAGAUGAACGUGGUACCUUCAGGCAUUUGGAAAUUGAUCCCAAGGAUGAACCAGUCUUGUGGAGGUAUUUUUGAAGACCUGAUGGAAGUCAAUAAAGUGAAGGAGAAUCAUUAUCAUCACUCACACACUGAAGAGAAGAGAAGAGGAGAUGAAAAAUCUGCUACCUGCCCUGUGUAUGCAAAGAGUUUCACACGUAAAGAAUCCUUUUCGAAACACAAAAGAGUUCACACUGCAGAGAAACUGCACACAUGUCAUCAGUGUGGAAAGAGUUUUACAAUUAAAGCGAAACUUCGGAAUCACAUGAGAAUCCACACAGGAGAGAAACCGUACACAUGUAAUCAGUGUGGAAAGCGUUUCAUACGAAAGGAACAUCUUAUGAGGCACUUGAGAAUUCACACUGGAGAGAAGCCGUACACAUGUGAUCAGUGUGGAAAGAGUUUCAAUGAUAAAGCAAACUUAAAGAGUCACAUGAAGGUUCACACUGGAGAGAAGCCGCACACUUGCCAUCAGUGCGGAAAGAGUUUUGCACAUCUGAACGAUUUAAAAAAGCACCAGAAUAUACACAGCGGUGUGAAAAAUUAUGUGUGCUUUGAGUGUGUGAAGACUUUUACUACAGUCGGCGAAUUGAAACAGCACCAAAAAAGUCACACUGGAGAAAAACCUUACAAGUGUUCAAACUGUGACAAGAGAUUCACUCGGUUAGAAUCCCUUAAAGCACAUAAGAGAAUCUACACUGGAGAAAAACCUUACAAGUGUUCACACUGUGACAAAAGAUUCACUCAGAGAAGAUCCCUGAAAAUACAUGAGAGAAUUCACACUGGAGAGAAACCUUUCAAGUGUUCACACUGUGACAAGAGAUUUACUCAGUCAUCAAGUCUGAAAUCACAUGAGAGGAUCCACACCGGAGAGAAGCCAUACCACUGCACUUCAUGUGGGAGGAGUUUCAUCCAAAUUAGUAAUCUAAUGGUUCAUAUGAAAAGGUGUCAUCCAAAGUCUUUGUUGAACUAUGUGUGGAGUUUACUACGAUAAAAUUGCUGUUUUAUAAGAGAAGUCACAGACAAUCUUGCGACAGGUAGGUAUCAGUUUACAGCUCUUCCCAUAUGGUAUCCGUCAAACAGGAACAAUGUGAAGAUAUUUAUGGUGUACAUUAUAUUUAAGUUGUUUUUUAAGUUGUAUAUUUAAAUAUUGUAAUGCAUUUAUUUGUUUAAAGCACAUACAUUGUUAAAUAAACAGGGGAAGAAUGUUUCAUUAUUUGAACAGCAUUUCCAUCUCAGUUUAUGUCACCUCUUCUCUGAAGGGUUUGAAGGUGCUGACUGCACACCCCUGUUGUCAAGUAAUUUCUUCUUCUCAUCUGUGAAAGAUGAAGGGCAGACCAGCUGAAAGGUGCUUUACACCACCUACCAUAGUGUGGUAAAAUUGCUUGUUGAUUAGCACCAGCUAUUGUAAAGGUCUGAAUGUGCUAACAGCAAUCAUUUGCUUUUAAUGUAAAAGGACCAUUUGACGGCAAUUCAUCUCUCAUUAGCGCGUUGCCUCUGCUGUGCAAAAGCAUAAACAUAAGUGUGAUUCAUCUGUCAACUUGUAUUUCAUGUAGUCUUGGUUGUAUAUCCUUUUACUUUGCAUAGUUUUGUUUAUUAUUUGACUUUUUUCACCUUUAUUAUUUGAUUCACCAAUGUUUCCAAAAAGUGAAAAAAAUAAAACAUAUAUAUAUAUAUAUAUAUAUAUCCAAGUGAUAAAACAAUGCAUUAUAAAAAGCAUUAUAAAAAAUACUAUCACUUUCAGUUUAUCUUCAUGAAAUAUGAUUGAAUAUUUUCUGAUCAGUAGACAUAUCACUCUGUAGUUCAAGACCAGUUGCCCAUUGAAGCUAAGCAGGGUUGAGUCUGGUCAGUACCUGGAUGGGAGACCUGCUGGGGAAAACUUAAGGUUGCUGCUGGAAGAGGUAUUAGGGAGGCCAGCAGGGGGUGCUUACCCUGUGGUCUGUGUUGGUACCAAUGCCCCAGUAUAGUGACAGGGACACAAUACUGUAAAAAGGCACCGUCCUUCAGAUGUGACAUUAAACCGAGGUUCUGACUUUCUCUGUGGUCAUUAAAAAUCCCAGGGCACUUCUCGAAAAGAGUAGGGGGUAUAACCUUUGUGUCCUAGCUAAAUUCCCCCCAUUGGCCCUUCGUCAUUAUGACCUCCUAAAAAUCCCCAUCCAUUAAUUGGCUCUAUAACUCUACUCUCUUUCCACCAACAACUGGUGUGUGGUGAGUGUACUAGCGCACUGUGGAUGCUGCACACUGGUGGUGGUUGAGGAGAGUCCCCUGUUCAAUAUGUAAUUUGCUUUGAGUGUAGUGUCAGAAAAGCGCUAUAAAUGUAGCAUUCAUUCAUCACUAUUGUGUGUGUAAGAAAUCUGUGUUGAUGUUUGAUGUCUGUAUUUUUUUCCCCCUGUGUGUUUAAGUAGGUGUGUGAGAGACAGACAGUUUUUACUGCAUAUGAGGGAAAGAAAUUGACCUGUGUGUGUUUGUCUUUUAUAGUGUGAAUCAUGGGGGAGAGUUCAUGAUUACAUCAUGACUACAUCUAUGUAAGUCCAAACACACACACACACACACACACACUGCCUCAGUGAUUGUUGUGUUGUAAAUGUUUUCUUCAUGUGUUCAGAUGCCUGUGAUCUCACACUGGAUCCAAACACAGUAAACGCUCAUUAGAAAGGUGACACGUGUUGAAGAGCAUCAGUCAUAUCCUGAUCAUCCAUAGAGAUUUGUUGUGUAUCCUGAGGUUAUGUGUAGAGAGAGUCUGUCUGGAUGCUGUUACUGGGAGUUUGAAUGCAGUGGACGUGAUGUUUAUAUUAGUGAUUGGCCGAUAUAUCGGCCAAGGCCGAUAUUCAGAUUUUUUUAAUUAUUGCAUCGGCCAGUACAUUUUCCCGUUUGGCCGAUUUGUUUCUUGAGGACUCUGAGAAUCAGCUGCUUGCAUGUGAAGAGACUGAGACACGUAAACGACCAGUCACGGUUCGUUUUGUUGUUACGUGCAUCGUGUACCUACAAUAACAGACUGGUGUGCAACACAGCGUCAUUUAAACGGUCCACAUAUCAGAGCUACGACAGACACGUUUGAGCUCAUAAUGUGAAAGCGCUCGCAUGUUUCAUUCUCCCUCUCUCUCCUCAACAGUUCCUUGUCACUUUUAACUGUCUUGUCUAAUGAUAAAAAGGCAAAUAUCAAUAAAGCUAAUAUCAUAUACUAUCUGCAAAUAUGCACAUAUCUAGUUUAAACAGAGGUAAUAAACCAACCUCACACAACUUCAACAGAUUCAGCAUCCUGUGGAGCCCUCACUUAUUUACCUUUAAAGAACAUAUUCUAUCAGCCUCUCCUCAGCAGUUCCCUGUCACUUUUAACUUUCUUUUCUAAUGAUAAAAGGCAAAUAUCAAUAAAACUUCUAUUAUAUACCGUCUGCAAAUAUGCAGAUAUCUCGUUUAAAAAGAUGUAUUUUUUGAGAAAAUGCGAUUGCUAACGUGGACAUGCCAUCCACGGUUGUGUGUACUGUUAUUUCCUUCUUCCUAAUAUAUUAACUAUUUCUUCAUGUGCGAAUAAAUUACUCAAAUUUGAUGACUAAACAGAAAUCAGAAGAAACUGCUAUCUACCAUUUAAAAUACAAUAUUAUUUAGAUUCUUUUUUUACAAAGUUAAAGUGUUCUGUGAAAUUGAGUAAAUAUAUUGCUAAAUAAGAAUUUUAGCAAUUUUAUGUUUGUUAUUUACUAUAUUAAAUUGUGUGAUAUAUCGGCAUCAGCCAUUAAAAAACCCAUAUCGGUCGAUCACUAGUUUAUAUAUCAGUGACAUAUAAAGAAAUCAACAGGAAAGGAGGGAGUGAUGACUGUUGGUUUGGAUAAAGUGAAAAGUUCUGGAGUCUGAUCUGCUCUAAUAACAAUUUCACUGUCAGACACAAUGAUAAAGAAACUGUCAUAUCUACUCGUUCACGAGGCUCAAAUAGAGUAGGAGUGUAUCUGGACUGUCCAGCCGGCAUUCUGUCCUUCUACAGCGUCUCUAACACACACACUUACAGUACACACAUUCACUGUGUAAUCUAAUCUGGGAUGUAUGUGCGUAUAUAAUUCACACAAAAUCAAAAUCUUGUCUUUUUCUCUCUCUCUAUUAAAUUCAAAUGUGCAUGACUGUGUAGAAGCACAAUGUCAAAGUAUUCAGAAGUACACACAUGUAGUACACACUAAAAACACAGUAAAUUGACACUUUCAGUCAUGCUGUAGUGUGUGUUAAUGCAGGUCACACUCAGAUAAUGACAGAAGAACACACUGUAAAUGACUCAUAUUGAACUGAGGUGUUGUGUGUGUGUUUCUAAUGACCUCAUAUUGACUGCAGUGAGUGAGGAAGUGAAGUCCAUCCUCUUGACUCUUCAGUGCGGUUUCUGUCCUCUAGUGUGAGUGUAUAAAUAAAUCAGAAUCAUUUCCUCCUAUUUCAUUCGGAAUCUGUUUUAGGAAGAGUUCGUUAUGACAGACCGAAUCAAAGACAGCCUUGAUGUCACAGCCUUUUUAUAAAAAUAUUCGACCUUAUUUUGUCUGGACAUGUUUGUGUACAAGUGUGUGUAGAUAUGAUCUGUUGUUCUUUUUUUAAUUCAAUUCAUCAGUUGUGUAAAGUCUUGUGUUCUUGGAGAAAUUAUCGUAAUUUGUAAUUUAUGAUGUAAUUGUUGAGGUUAAAUUUGUCACCUUGUUUGAAAUGUGUGUGUAGUCCAAAUAGUGUAGUGCACUGUGCUGCUGUCUAGAGAGGAACAGAAUGAAAAUGAGCACAUAGAAUCGCACUUUGUUCUGCCGUUAACUAUAUAGAGACUGCAGGACUUGCUUUCCAUUCAUGUUUGUCAUGUUGUCAUUAUUCAAGCAAAACUAUAUUCCGUGUAAUAUGUCUGAGAGUCUCUAUGUAUUUCUGCUAUUUUUCCAUGUGUUUUUUGUACAAUUGCAUUAUUUGUAAUGUACAAUAAAAAAUGUUUUAUUAUU